UGAAUUUAUCUAAAGCUUAAAGUUAUUGGUUUCCAGAGAUAUUUACAAUAUUGAACAAUGUUUUUCAGCAUUGGAUUACUCUUCGUGUUUGUACGGUUCCCCUCUGUGAAUUCUCUGCAUAAUGGAAGUGAUAUUUCAAUAGUGUAUGCCGUGGUUGGUGACACCGCUCGAAUCCCUUGCAAUCUCUCAACUCCUCUCUCGGACGACGAGGCCUCCCUCAUCUUGUGGUACCGGUCAAACAUAUCGAACCCGAUCUACACCCUGGAUGCGAGGAACGGUCCAAUCAAGAGCGCUCGCCACUUCCCAUCGAUGGACACGAGCGUCAAAGUGCACUUCGACGUUGACGUCCACCCCCCGACGCUCGUCCUGACGCCAGUGGAGCCUGCACACGCAGCCGAGUACAGGUGUCGGGUCGACCUCAGAAGGACAAGGACCCUCAUCCUGCACAGCAUCCUAAACGUCAUCGUUCCUCCUCGAGAGCCCAUCAUUAUGGACGAACACGGGCAGCGGCUGAAGGGGGUAAUAGGUCCUUAUGAUGAAGGAUCUAUUCUCACAUUGAUCUGUGAUGUCGAUGGUGGUUACCCAUCUCCUUCAGUUACUUGGUGGGAAGGAAAACAACUUGUUGAUGAUGAUUUUAAUGUCACGACCCAAGGUUUUGUCCGCAAUACAUUGGUGCUACCCAGACUUCAAAGAGCAGAUUUAAUGAAGGACUACACAUGCAAAACUUCGAACACAAAUUUGACCAAAUCUAAGGAAGCAACAGUAUAUGUUGAUCUAAACUUGCGCCCACUAGAGGUGAAAAUUCUCGGUGCAAGAGCGCCAAUGUUUUCUGGAGAGGACCAAAACGUGACCUGCGAGACCACCGGUUCAAGGCCUCAGGCGGUUACUACUUGGUCGCUAAACGGUCAGACACUUGAUGCCAUCUCCUCCGACUCGGACAAGGAAAGUUGGAAUUUUUCCUUCAGUGUGGUUCGUUUCAAACCGACAGCUGAAGACAACGGGAAGAAGCUUAUCUGCAGGUCAUCGAAUCCAAGGCUAGAAAACUCAACGAUUCAGGAUUAUAUGAUAAUUCGAGUAAAUUAUGCCCCUAUACUUAACAUCACUCUUUCUACUGGUGCUAAUCGUCUGCCGAUUCACGAAGGAAGCGACGUCUAUCUAGAAUGUCACAUCCGAGCCAGUCCCUGGAUUUUCGAAGUGGUUUGGCAGUUCGAGAACGAGACGAUCUCGGAAAACAGAGCAUCCGGUUUUGUUUUGAAAAACCAGACUCUCAUGCUUCAGAACGUGCAGAAGAAACAUCGAGGCAGGUACCGGUGUUUAGCCUCGAAUUCCAUUGGACAAGGAGAGAGCGAUUUUUUGAACUUGUUAAUACAAUUUUCUCCUACUUGUCGAUCUUCUAUUCCGAAGACUUACGGCGUUGCCAAAAGUGAGACUGUCAAUGUCACAUGCGAAGUCGAUGCCGACCCUGAUGAUGACGUCAUAUUCAGAUGGUCCCUCAUCAAUUCCAUUGAGACAUCGAUUCUGCAAGAUUGGCACAACAUUAGCAAAGAAAAUGUUCUUAUCUAUUCUCCCAGAACAGAUGAUGGCUAUGGAAUGCUGUCUUGCUGGGGAAGGAACAGCGUUGGUAUACAAAUGGAUCCUUGUGUCUUCAAGGUUGUUCCAGCAGGCCCUCCUGAUCCCCCACAUGACUGUAUCGUAUCAAACCAAUCGAUGACCUUUUUAUCCGUCGAAUGCUCCCCGGGCUGGCAUGGAAGUCUGAGUACUGUUUUCCAUUUGGAAAUCUACGAUUCAGUCAUCGAACAGCUUGUGCAGAAUUUGACGGCAGCUGAUCGACCGAGUUUCAGAGUUGGCAGUCUGUCGCCAGACACUUCUUACGUUCUCGUCAUCUAUGCUUCCAACUACAAAGGUCGCAGCGAAUCAGUAGCGGUAGUGACCACGACAUUGGUGCCUUCGAAAACUGGAGAUCAAGUGCCUGCCGCUCUGUUUUCUCUUCUUGUAGUAGCUGUAACUGUCUUCGCUUUUCUUCUUAUUUUUGGAAGUACAGCCGUACUGAUUCUGAGGUUUAAUCAUCAUGAUCAUCAUUGUAAAACUCGGAAUCCUGAAGCUGAGUGUGAAACUGAAAAGAAAGAAGUAGAAGAAAGUCAAGAUACUAGCGAGAAAGGACCUGAUAUCAUUCCUACAGCAGCUGAAUCUGAGAUUUUUCUAACUGAAGAACUGAGUGAAACCGUUCAACAUUCUCCGCAUCUUAGCACAACAUCGAAAGAUUCAUUUGGUAUUACGUAUAUGCACACGGUUUUAUAGCAGUGCAGUGUGUAUUACAUACAAAAACUGACUUCAAAGAAGACUCGCUAUGGGGACGACAACACCUGUCUUUGAUAAACACCAGAAUCAAAUCGAUUGCUUAGCUCAUUUUUGAUUGUUUAACGAAAUGUCUAAAGUGAUGCGUGGAUGAUGCGUGCCCUGCAACAUAGAUGGUUUCACAAUCAGAAGUUUUCAA